AUGCACCUACCACCCAUACAAGAAUUGGGCGUGUUCGAAGAUAGUCCUCCACUAUAUCGUCAAAAUCUAGCAAAAAAUACAACGGGUACUAAGCCACUCUUAGUGCGCUACCUGAUAUCAGAUUCUGGCAUAACAGAUCUGAUGCCUAUGGUUGGCGGAUAUGCAAUUACCAACCAUACAGGAAUAGGGCGCCUUCAAAGUAAAUAG